AUGCCUGAAAUGAUGGGAAACAACUCUACUUUAAAGUUCUUUAUUCUCUCUGGGCUGCAGGACUCAGGAGUUUACAAGCCUCUGUACUUCUUGUUGGCAUUUGUCCUUUAUGUCCUUAUUAUUAUAGUCAACUUAACUUUGAUCGUUAUUGUGACAGUGGAUAAAACCCUCCAUAAGCCCAUGUACAUUUUCAUCUGUAAUCUCUGUGCAAAUGGACUCUACAGGACUGUUGGUUUUUACCCAACAUUUUUGCUUGACCUGCAAUCUGAUGUUCACACAAUAAGCUACAAUUGGUGCAUAAUUCAAACAUAUGUUAUUUAUAGUUCUGUAAUGUGUGAAAUCACAGUUUUAACAAUGAUGUCUUAUGACCGGUUUGUGGCUAUUUGCAGACCAUUGCAAUACCACAGCAUUUUGACUCCACAUGCUGUGUUAAAAUUGCUUGGACUUGCCUGGGCUUACCGUCUUUUGGGAGCAAUAAUAUUACUCUUUGCCAUGACAGCACUGUUUGAUAUGGUUUACAGCUGGGGUGGUUCUGAAAAUAUUCCUAUUGGUGUACGUAAUGCAUUGUCUUUGCAAUUUCUAAUUCUUCCUCCACUACUGAACCCAAUAAUUUAUGGCCUACAACUUCCACAGAUUCGAAAAGUACUAUGCAGACAACGUAGUAGACAUGUGUUAUCUUAG